AUGGAGACUAGCUCAUCUGCCACAACUGUCGAAAAUACUUCAGAAUCUAGUAUUUCAUCUCCAUUAAAUCUUGACGAAGAGCAAAAUCUCUACAAUUCUUUCAAGCAGAUAAUUCAAGACACAGAGUCUGCUAAUACAGUGAAGGAAGUAUUGAGUACCAAGGCGGCAGAGGGAAAAAUUAUUCUAAAUUACUAUAAGGAUAACUGCGAUUUGCUUCCCUGCCACCGCAAUUCACUUGCGAAAAUUAUCAUCCACAAUGAAUUUGAAGUCUUUGAAAAGGUAUCAGAAUUGACCAAAGGAUCCCAGAAGUUCACGAUCACCACUCAAAGAUUUAAGGAACUGGUAUCACAGUUACUGGAAAUUUUUCCAACUGAGAAGGGUCUUCUGUACUACGUCCCAUACGACAGUACUACGAAACAAAACGCAUCUGGAAAACUUUGGGAAAGUUUUUGUUAUCUAAAAAAGAAGCUUAAAGCAUCCAGGAAUUCCAGUUCCUUUAUCCCGCUAAAGACGAUUCAAGAAGAUAUAAAACUCGAUUUGGACUUUCUUCAGAAGAAUUUCGAGCCAUUGGAUGAAAUUAAAGCUGCUUGGCUGAGAACUGUAGAGACUAGAAAAGACGAAAGUCUUGAAAUACAUGAGUAUUUCAAAAAAUAUCCAGUGGUUACCGGAAAGAUUGGCCCAGAACUCAUCAACAUUGAUUUCCAAAGUCUUUAUCCUGGAAAAGACGAGGCAUUCGAAAAUAAUUGGGAAGGAGUAAAUAGCAAGCUUAUUGCUCUUGCAAAUAAGAAAGAAGAUCCUAAUGGGAUUCUAAGCGAUCUACUGAAGGGAUGUUUUAUGGAAUUGACAGGAGUCCUUUUGUUGCCUCAUCUCCUUCCAUGCGUAUUUCAUAAUCAAGCCACCAGGGUUGUGACAGGGGUUAAGCGUAAAAAACUACAACCACAACAAAUGCUUGAUGGCUUCAUGGUUCUUGUAGAGAACCAUUGUAAUGUAAAGGAUACCCUCACGGAGCUUAAAAAGAAAGCUGCAAAGAAAAAGACGACACUUCAGCCAAUUAUUGUGAUAGUUGGGGAAUCUUUCAGGCCAGAAGACGUCAAAAGCUGCCACGUGUUUGUAAAUGACGUUAUGUUUGACUACAAAGACUCGAUGGCGGCUAUCAAGGGGUGCCUAAAAGCGCAUAUGGUUUUUAAUGCGAAAUAUAACAACGACGCCGCACCUCUUUGGACUUUCAUUCAACAUGCUGCAUUCGAGAUAUUCCUACCAAACGAUAAGAGAUUCACAACAGUAGAGGAAUUGAUCAGCGCGACUAAGUAAACGAAACUGCAGGAAAAUGCAAUUAAAGUGUUCAAUUUGUAAGUUCUCCACAAAUUCUUUGGACUUUUUAUUAAGCCACAUUUCAUUUUUUCAUAAAUAUAGUAAAUCCAUUCAAUGCACUAUUUGUGGUAAAACUUUAAAUAACAGCGUCUCAUUUCGAAAACAUAUAAGAAAACUUCACAAAAUACAACAGUUAAGGCAGAUUGAUAAUAUUGAGAAAGAAUGUGAUGUUAAUUCAGAUGAACACACAGCUUUGCCAUCAAAAUAUAUUCAUAAUAUAUCAGACUUUAAGGAUUUUUUAAAUUCUUGCAAUAGGAAUCUUAUUCAAGAGCUCUAUAACAGUAAUCAAAUUAAUAGAAAGGAUUUACAAAGAAUUUUUGAAGUUUUUGGAAAUUACCAAAAAGCAAUUAACUGUGAAAUUCUAAAAAUAUUGUCAGCUCAAAAUGUCGAAGAUUCGGUAUUUAUUAAGUGGAUUUUCAACAGUUUUCAAGAAUAUUCUUUACAAAUUGCUACAGAGUAUAAAAGAAAACAAUUUCUGACACGUGAAUUCAAUUACGUUUCUCCAGAAGAUGUCAUAGUCGGUAGUAGAAUUAAUACUGUUAAGACGAAACAGGGUGUUAUUUUACGAACAGAAAAUGUGAAAGCAAACAAAAUCUCAUUGAAAACACAUUUAACAAGAUUCUUGACAAACGAAAAUAUGUUGGAAAUUAUUCUUGAAUAUAUGAAUUCACUAACGGAUCAAGAAGAUAUUUCAAACAUAAUUCAGACGGAUUUUUGGAAAACUAGAAUUGCAAAUUAUUCCGAAAAUGAUUUAGUUUUGCCACUAACACUUUUUUAUGACGAAUUCGAAUGUAACAAUCCAAUUGGCAGUCGUGCUGGUUAUCAAUCAUUGGGUGCUGUAUAUGCGACGAUAUCUUGCUUGCCUCCAUACUUAAAAUCCAAACUUCAAACGAUAUUCACCGUGAUGCUUGUAAAUUCCAUAGAUCAUAAAGAGUUUGGAAAUUCUGUAUUGCAGACUGUUGUGACUGAACUAAAAGACUUAGAAUGUGAGGGAUUAUUGAUUGGGAAUGACAGAAUUUUCUUUUCCCUGGCAGUUAUAGUUGGAGACAACAAAGGUGUGAAUUCUAUUUUAGAUUUCACUCAAAGUUUUGGGAGCAACUAUUACUGCCGAUUUUGUAAAAUGCAUCGAAAUCAAUCCCGAGUAUACGUGAGUUGUAACCCUUGUUUGCUUAGAAAUAGAGAAAAUUAUAAACUCGAUAAAGAAAAGGAAGAUUUGUCAGAAACUGGAAUACUAAGAGAGAGCAUAUUCCACCAAUUAAAAUACUUUCAUGUAACUGAAAAUUAUUCUGUGGAUAUUAUGCAUGAUUUUCUUGAAGGAAUCUUACCUUUUGAGAUGGCACUGAUCCUUAAAUAUUUUAUUUUCGAAAGGAAAUUUUUCAGUUUACAAGCAUUGAAUGAUAUUAUUUUGCAUUUUGACUUCCCUCCCAUUGAAGGUUUUAACAGACCUGGUACAAUAAGUGAAGAUUAUAUCCAUAAAAAGAAACUUAAAUAUAGUGCUUCAGAGAUGUUAACCUUUUUCAGAUAUUUGGGAAUAUUUAUCGGAAAAUGGAUACCUGAAGAUGACGCCAAAUGGGAAAUAUUUAUUACUCUACAAAAAAUUUUAAAUUUACUGUUCUUGACUACCAUUAAUUCGACAGUUAUAACAAGACUAGAAUAUUUAUUGCAAUUUCAUCAUGAAAUUUUUCUUAAAGAGUUUCCAUCUGAGCAUUUAAAACCAAAGCAUCAUAUUGCAAGUCACUACCCAAUGAUUAUGAAUAAUAUUGGUCCCAUCAUUAAUAUGUGGUCAAUGAGAUUCGAGUCUGCUCAUCAAGUUUUGAAGUCAAUAGCUAGAGCAACGAGAUCUAGAAAGAAUCUUGCAUACACAAUAUUGGAAAGAAUUGAAUAUCAAUGCAUUCUCACCAAACUCGAAAUUAGUUUUGAAAUAAAAAAAGAUAAAUGGGUGAGAAUUAACAACACUAAAAUAAAAGUUGGCUUUUUUAUUGAAAUUAUUCACGAUACGGGUCCAAAAUAUUACAAAAUAAUAGAAAUAAAUAAAUUAGAAAAUGAAGAUAGCGUUUACUUCAAAGUUGAAGAAUAUGAAAUGGUAUUUUUCGAUUACCAUUUAUUUAUGCCAGCUGUAGAAAGUCUUUUUAGAAUGAGUGAUCUAGUUUUUAAAAUUAAGAAGAUUUUCGAAAUCUGUCAUAUAAGGCAUGCAUACAAAGUUAAUGAAUACUUAUAUUUGAUUUAAGGUUUCUUUUAUAUUAGAUUUAAAAUUUUGUAAUGAGAUAAAUAGAUUCUAAUGAGAUUACUAUAAUAAAAUUAUGAGAUUAUUUGAUUAUAAAUGUUUAUUACGAGUAAAUAAAAUAAGAAAUUUUGAAAAAGUU